UUUUCACAAGCCAAAAGCUGUCUCUCUGUUUCACAUUUUUUCUCAGGCAAAGAGCCUCUCUUCAUCUGGUGAGCUUAGCAUUGUCUUCUUGAGUUGAAAGACUUGAAAGGGUCAGGCUCUCCUCACUCCCCUCCAUCGUGCCCAAGAUUGUACACACUCUCUAUACACUUGUACACUUAAGACCCAAAUGCCCCUCUUGGUGCUUCUGUGACCAUUGAAGAAGAAGCAGCUCUCUUGAAGUCUACUUCACUUGGAGGACUUAUCAAUUUUUUUGGAUUUUUACAAAUUUCUGCACAGAACUUUUCUUCCUUAACUCUCCUGAAUUCUUGCUGCCCCAUCACACCCUGCAGCAACCUAACAGUGGUAUCAGAGCAUUGAAGGUCAGCAAAAGUCCAAAGGAUGGCAGCAAGUUCCAGCAUUACAACCUUCAAAUAUUCACCAGCCGGACUACCGAUUUUUGAAGGAGAAAAUUACGAUUUUUGGAGCACUCAAAUGAGAACCCUUUUCAUCUCAGAAGAUCUGUGGGAUUUGGUUGAAAAUAGCUAUGAAAGCCCUCAAAGCCAAGAAUCAGCAUGGUCAGAGGCAAGGAAGGAGAAGUUGAAAGAACAUGAGAUGAAAGAUGCCAAAGCCUUGUACUACAUUCAACAAGCAAUCACAAAAACAAUUGCUCCAAGGAUAAUGGCUGCAACAAAAUCUAAAGAAGCAUGGGAGAUUUUGAAGAACGAGUUUCAAGGAUCGGCAAAGGUGAUCGUUGACAAACUUCAAACUCUUUCGACAGAAUUUGACAAUUUGAUGAUGAAGGAAGGUGAGUCCAUCGAAAUUUUCUUUACAAGAGUUUAUAAAAUCUUUUAUCAAUUGAAGGCUUGUGGAGGUAUAAUACAAGAUGAAAGAGUAGUAGAAAAAGUCUUGAGAAGCCUUCCAAUCAAAUACAAACGUGCGGUGGCUGCCAUAAAAGAAUCAACAAAUUUAUCAACUCUUAGUUUACAUGAACUAAUGGGUUCCCUUCAAGUGGAUGAAAAAAGAAUGAAUAGAUUUUCUGAUCAGCCCUUGGAGCAAGCUUUUCAAACAAAGAUGAAAAUGUCAGAAAAUAAGGAUGGAGAAAACAAGAAACAAAAUCAAGACAAUCAAUUUCAGAGAGGCCAAUCUAAUCGUGGCCAUGGAAGAGGAGGAAAAAGGUAUACUCAACAGACUGCAAGAGGUAUAUCAAAAUCUGAAUCUUGCUGCAAAUUUUGCAAGAAAACUAAUCAUGGAAGCAUGGACUGCUAUUUUAAAAAAUGCACAAGAUGCAAGAAACCUAACCAUUUUGAAAAAGAUUGUCGGUUUCGUGAAAAGAAUGAAGCUAACUUUUCAGAAAAGGGUGAAUCUUCAAACCAACAGUUCUAUCCUUGCAUGAACACUCAACAAGAAGCACAAAUGGAGGUAAAGCUUGGAGAUGGGAAGUUUCAGAACGUUGACGGAGAGGGCACCAUUGCUGUGCAAACAAAGGGAGCCAUGGAAGCAUCAACUUCUUCUGAGGCUAACUCUCAGAUUCCAGACAAUUGCUGCAUACCGCUUUCUGUUCCAUCUGGAGAUGAAGUCGACUCAGCCAUCUCAGGGUUUACGAGUUUUUUGCAAUCUGACGCUGGAUCAAAAGUCGGUUCACUUCCAUUGAUUUCAAGCCUUGAUGGUCAAGGAAAGCUGCAAUCUGUUGAAGGAAUGACUAUUCAAAAAGCUUUUGAAUUGAUGAACAGAGUCAAACCCAUUCAGAAUUUGAUCAAGGCUAUAGCAACUAAUGAAGAGAUGUGGAAUGCUUUUAUAAACAUUAAUGAAGUUCAGGAAUUCGUGCGGCAGCUGAAGACAGGUGCCAAUGGACUAGAGGCAAUAACGAGCAGCAACCCGCAGACGCAGGGCAUUAGCUACAGUCAGCAACAGUCGUCAGGUGCCAACAAAGUAGUGACAAAUCUCAGCACCAACCAGCAGACGCACAACAGUUUCUCGAGUCGGCAACUGUCAUCAGGUGCUAACAACAUAGUGACAAAUUCGAAUAGUAACCUGCAAACGCACAACCGCUUCUCUAGUCAACAACAGUCAUCAGGAGUCAACAACAUAGUGACAAAUCCAAGUAGCAACCCCCAGACGCACAACUUCCGUAGCCAGCAACACUCAUCAGCUCAACAGGAAAGUUUAAAGCCUGGUGCAUGGGAAAAGAUCUUGGAAUUCAUUAGGAUUGGGAAAAUGAUAUUCAUGGAUUUCAAGUUCUUGUUUCGGAAAGAUGGAGGUGGAGGUGGAGGUGGAGGUGGUGGUGGUGGUGGAGGUGGAGGUGGAGGUGGAGGUGGUGCUGGUGGAGGUGGAGUUGGAGGUGGAGGUGGACGUGGAGGUGCAGGUGGUGGUGGUGGAGUUGGACGUGGACGUGGACGUGGACGUGGAGGUGAACUGCCAAGCGACGAGUAUCUUGAAGUGGCAUUCCUCCUUUCCAUGGUGCUGAUGGUGGCUAUACGACUAAUGCGCUUCUACGUCAUGCAAUGUUGAGUAUACUACGAUUACUACACGCUUUGUCAUUUGUUAUUCAUAAAUCUGAGAAUGCAGAAACCAAACAAAGAACUGGACACGGAAAAUAUAUACUAGAGAGGAUUGUUUAGAAGUGGAUCCCACCUAUAAAUCUUGUAAAAUUCUGUCCAUUCAUAUAUUUUUUGUUGUCCAAUUCUGUGUCUGAUUUUCUGUGUUCUUGGACUUAUUUGCCGACGUGCGUGACUGUGCUUUGUUGUCAUAAAACAGUAGACAAUUUUACCAAAGGGUGACAUGCACCUCUAAAACAUGAUGGUUUGUAAUUUUGUUAUGCCCUAAAUGCUUGGACUUUCUAGUGUGUUUAAAGUCCAUUGGGACUUAUUGCUUGUUGCUGGGUAGUUUGUUCACCCUUUAGGUUUGUGCUUUACAGAGAGCUAACUCUUUGGGUUGUUUUUCUAGAGUCACUUUGUGUUUCUAUUACCUAUAUGUAAUAAUGAAAACAGCACUAGUGGCUUCGUUUUAUUUAUUUAUAUGUAGUUGGUUCUUUAUUCCUAUA